AUGGCAAGGGUGGUGGCUUAUGUCCUCAUAACCAUCACCUUUAUUGUCUUUAUAACCUUUUCUCCGAUCAACAAUCAUGGUCGUGCCACUCCUGCCCUAAACCGCCGUCUUGGUUCCAAACUUUCCAUGCCAAAUUUUGAUCCAUUAGUUGUAAAAAUACAGAGAGUCGCCGAGGAAAAGGGGCACGCCGGCGAGGGUGGUGAUGCGAUUGAUUUGGAUAAAAAUAGUUAUGCCAAAGAGGUUGAGGAUGCUGGUGAGUAUUUAAGUGAUGAUGGGAGGUUAAAUAUUACCCUAAGGUUGCUUUUUCUGUUCCCAUUAUUAGACAAGCAACCUAAGGAUGGAUUGAUCAGUUUCGAGGAGCUAGAGGCAUGGAAUAUAGAUCAAGCUAGAGAUCGAUUAGCUUAUAUGACACAGAGAGAAAUCCAAUCCCGCGAUAAGGAUGGAGAUGGAGCAAUUAGUUUCAAGGAAUAUUUUCCUCAAUUUUCCAACGAUGAUAUAGAGAAAAAUGAGAUGGAGCAUGGUGAAGCUGGAUGGUGGAUGGAGCAAUUUAGAAAUGCAGAUGUGGAUCGAAAUGGAACCCUAGAUUUCGAUGAGUUUAACAAUUUCCUGCAUCCUGAAGAUUGUAAGAAUGAAGAAAUCCAAAAAUGGAUUUUGAGAGAAAAACUCAAGAGGAUGGAUGACGAUCUUGAUGGGAAACUCAACUUAGCGGAGUUCUCUAAGUAUGCUUAUGAUAGUUACAAGAGUUAUGCAGAAUUUGAAUCUAAUGUAGCUAGAGUUCCCAGUGCACCAGAUAAAUUUUUUGAGCUUGAUUUGAACAAAGACAACUUUUUGUCAGUGGAAGAAUUAAUACCCAUGAUCCAGUACCUAAAGCCUGGAGAACUAUCCUAUGCUAAGCACUACACCAGCUACCUGAUCCAAGAGACUGAUGACGAUGGAGAUGGUUAUCUAUCUCUAGAUGAAAUGCUGAAUCAUGAAUAUACAUUCUAUGGGACAUUUUUCCAAGAUGAUGAAGAUUACGAUGAUGAGUUCCAUGAUGAACUGUAA